AUGGCGGCAGUGGCGGCGGCGGCGGCGGCGGCGGCGCUGCGGGAGGCGGGAGCGCUGCGCUUCGGCGCCUUCGUGCUGCGGAGCGGGCGGGACUCCCCUGUCUACAUCGACCUGCGCGGCCUCGUCUCCCACCCGCGGCUCCUCCGGCAGGUUGCAGAGCUGCUCUUCCAAGCAGCCGAGGCUGCUGGGCUCAGUUACGACUGCCUGUGUGGUGUUCCUUACACAGCGCUGCCUUUGGCCACGAUUAUCUGCUCUGAACACCAGAUUCCAAUGCUUAUCCGGAGGAAGGAAGCAAAAGACUAUGGUACUAAGCGGCUGGUAGAAGGCACCAUUAAUCCAGGAGAAACAUGCCUGAUUGUUGAAGAUGUGGUAACCAGUGGAUCUAGUGUGCUGGAAACUGCAGAAGUUCUUCAGAAAGAAGGGUUAAAAGUCACGGAUGCUGUGGUGCUGUUGGACAGGGAGCAGGGGGGGAAGGCCAGGUUAGAGGAACGUGGAAUUCGCCUGCACUCCGUGUGCACGUUGUCCGGGGUGUUGGAGAUUCUCCAGCAGCAAGGAGAAGUGGCUGUGGAGAUGGUUGAAAAGGUGAAGGAAUUCAUCCAGGGAAGUGUGUUUGAGCCACUGGCUCAGAACGGUCCUGCUCCCACCAAGAGGCUCUGCAAGGAGCUGAGCUUUGGGGCUCGUGCCGGGUUGCCCGGGCUGCAUCCCACUGCAGCCAGGCUGCUCACCCUCAUGGAAAAGAAGCAAACAAACCUGUGCCUUUCUGCUGAUGUCACUAGCUGCAAAGAGCUGCUGCACUUGGCUGCCACCCUGGGCCCCAGCAUUUGUAUCCUGAAGACUCAUGUAGACAUCCUGAAUGACUUUACCCAAGAGGUGGUAAAGGAAUUGAGAACGCUCGCAGAUCGACAUGAAUUCUUGAUUUUUGAAGACAGGAAGUUUGCAGACAUUGGAAACACAGUGAAACAUCAGUAUGAAGGUGGUGUGUUCAAAAUCGCAUCCUGGUCAGACAUGGUUAAUGCCCACGUGGUUCCAGGCUCUGGAGUUGUGAAAGGUCUGAAGGAAGUAGGUCUUCCUCUCCAGCGUGGCUGUCUCCUGGUUGCCCAGAUGAGUUCCCAAGGGUCACUUGCAACGGGUGAAUACACCAAAGCUGCAGUGCAGAUGGCUGAAGACAACUCAGAUUUUGUUUUUGGAUUCAUCUCUGGAUCUAGAGUUACUAAUAAACCGGAAUUUCUUCACUUAACUCCAGGGGUGCAGCUGCAAACUGGAGGUGAUAACCUUGGACAGAAGUACUUGAGCCCCAACGAGGUUAUUGGUGAAAAAGGUUCAGAUAUCAUCAUUGUGGGACGUGGCAUUUUGUCAGCUUCAGACCGUCUCCAAGAAGCAGAGAAGUACAGGAAGGCAGCCUGGGAGAGCUACAUGAGCAGGCUUGGUGUUCAUGCAGAAGACUGAAAGGUGGCCACUUUCCUGGUCAGUAAGCAAAGCUGGUGGAGCUGCAAUUAUCAUGAGACUUCCCAUUAAAUACACAGACUCUUCAGCCACUAGUAAGCUGCCUUGGAGAACCAUCUGUUCCUAGCUAAAGUAUUUUUUUUAUUGCACAUACACAGAUCAAGUUGUACGUGCCAUGGUAGUUGUUGUAAUAUUUGAAUGUAUGAAAACAAGACUUCAUGCCCAGUUUUUGCCUUAAUAGCUUUUCUCUGCUGAAAAAUGGUGCACAGAACAUUCCAAGGGUAUUUGGUUGGCUGUUGUUGCUCUUGUUUCUUUACCACGCUCUCAAAUUCCUUCUGACUGUGGACACAGUAUUUUCCUGUUCAAUAAACUUCACCUGCAGGUUUACUCAGUUCUGCUGUUUCAAAGGACCCAGUAUGGAUCUUCAUCCCACACUGUGAAAUAAUGAAGUUUAAUAACAACAUUUUGCCACUGUUUUCCUUUCCUUGGCUCUAUAAGUGUUUAUUCUCUGGCAGUGUGAAAUACUGUUUUCAGAACCCAUUAUAAAAGUCUUUCUGUAGGAAGUGCUGAUCACUGUUUACAGGAGCUAUAAAGAAUUUUGCCAGAACAA